AUGUCUGGCGUGGUGAAGCUGCCUGGCAGCAAGUCCCUAUCCAACCGCAUCCUGCUGCUGGCUGCACUUGCUGAGGGCACCACCCUCGUCAAGAACUUGCUGUGGAGCAAUCACAAGCAGAGGGAGCACGGCGGCGCCAGGUCCCACGUGUUUGAGCAGCAACAGCAGGACAGUGACGACAUCCGCUACAUGGUGGGCGCCCUCAAGGCGCUGGGCGUGACGCUGGAGGAGCGCUGGGAGGUGGGGGAGAUGGUCGUGCACGGCUGCGGCGGACGCUUCCCGGUUGAGGGCGCGGAGCUGUUCCUGGGGAACGCCGGCACCGCCAUGCGCCCGCUCACCGCCGCCGUCGCCGCCGCCGGCCGCGGCGCCUUUGUGCUCGACGGCGUCGCGCGCAUGCGGGAGCGGCCGAUCGCAGACCUGGUGGACGGCCUGGUGCAGCUGGGGGUGGACGCGGAGUGCACCCUGGGGACGGGCUGCCCGCCGGUCGCGGUCAACGCGGCCGGCCUGCCGCCGGGCAAGGUCCAGCUCAGCGGCAGCGUCAGCAGCCAGUACCUAACCGCCCUCCUCAUGGCCGCCCCCCUGUCCACUGGCGAGGAUGGCAUUGAGAUCGUCAUCAAGGACGAGCUGGUUAGUCAGCCGUACGUCGACAUGACCGUGAAGUUGAUGCAGAAGUUUGGGGUGGAGGUGCAGCUGCUGGACGGGCUCACGCACAUGCGCAUCCCUGGGCGGCAGACGUGA